AUGACUUUUUCUCUUGAAAGCUGCGCUCAAGAGAUCAAUGAAUCUCCUGAGGGCCAGAUACGCAGGGAGGCAAUCGAAGCAAUGAUGCAAGCAGAAAGGAUAAACUCCCUCCAUAAGACAUUGAUGGACGAAUGCACUAAAAUGUUUCGUGACCUUGACGAACUGAAUGCUCACAUUUCUGAUAGUGAUCAAAAGAUGACUGGAUCUACCAAUAUGUACAUGGAAGGAAUCCAGGAACUGAAGAAAGACCUAGAAGAAUCCACGAAGCUAUUCGAUGAGUUAAUGUCCAAGAAGACGGAUAAUGAUCACGAAAGAAACCAUCUUGAAGUAAGAGAAAAGAUUGAUUCUGUGAAUCAAUGGCCGAAAGAAAGGACCAUGGACAUUGACGAUAAAACCAUUAAGGAGGAAGAUAGUCGAACUGGAUUUGAUCCUUCUGCUGCUCUCGAAAAGGAGCAAGAUUUGCUUAGUUUAAGGAAUGGCAGUGAAGACACAGAUCGAAGCGGAAAAAGGCAGAAACUGGGGCAUGAAGAAGGAAUGAGCAACUCACGUAGUUCAAUCACUAGCAAAAAGUUCACUGUGCUUCUUGUGGAAUAUGAUAAUUUUGCUCGAAUAUCCAACAAGGUACGGAUAAUACAGCAAUUUGAAAGGAACAAUUAUCCUGAGGUGGAAGUAAAAGUGACCAGAACUGGACAACAAGCUGCGGAUCUUCAUCGUCAUGAAGGGCCUCCUUUUGACCUCAUUCUUAUGGAUAUGGAUAUGCCUGUUCACGUUAUGAGUGGGCCUGAGGCAAUAAGAUUGCUGCGGAGCCUCGGUGUGGAGAGUAGCAUUGUUGGCGUCACCUCUGAGUCUGAGUCUGAGAAGAUUGAUGAGUUCAUUCGAGCUGGCCUAAUUAAUGGCUGCAUUGAAAAGCCACCGAAUGUUGAAAAGAUUGCCUCUUUCCUCCCUCUUGAUUCCCAACAGGCAAUAACUGACCCUCCGCAGGAAGACGAAGGACUGAUCGAUCCCUGA